CCUGGGUUUCCAUUUCUUCAGUUAUAAACAGGAGCUGAGGGACCUUCUGGCCCUUGAGUGGGGGUGUCGGAAACAGGCCUCUGGCACUGGCCCAAGCAGAGUCGAUGGUGCCUUCUUUGGGGUGAGCAGCCAGCUGACUCCCAGUGGCACCUGCAUCCCUGUGACGGAACUGCCAGGGCCCAGGCCGCCUGGACCGACUUCAUCUCAUGGAGCCUCAGGAGGAGAAGCCAGGAGAGGCUGAUGGGGUGCGUAUCACGCCCCAGCUGCUCAAGGCGCGCUCGGGCGAGUUUGCCCUGGAGUCCAUCCUGCUGCUGAAGCUGCGGGGCCUGGGGCUGGUGGACCUGGGCUGCCUGGGCGAAUGCCUGGGCCUCGAGUGGCUGGACCUGUCGGGCAACGAGCUCACCCAGCUGGGCCCACUGGCCUCCUUGCGCCAGCUGACUGUGCUCAACGUUGCCAAUAAUCGGCUGACAGGGCUGGAGCCACUGGCCGCCUGUGAGAACCUGCAGAGUCUCAAUGCCGCGGGCAACCUGCUGGCCACCCCUGGCCAGCUGCAGUGUCUGGCCGGACUGCAGGACCUCGAGUACCUGCGCCUCUGGGACCCUCUGGCCCGGCUCAGCAACCCGCUGUGUGCCAGCCCCUCCUACCGGGCUGUGGUCCGAGAGCUGCUGCCGGGCCUGAAGGUCGUCGAUGGCGAGCGUGUGACAGGGCAUGGCAGUGAGUUCUACCAGCUGUGCCAGGACCUGGACAGCUCCUUGCACCGCAGCUCCAGUCCGGGCCCCAGAGCCACAGAGGCACAGCCCUGGGUGGAGCCCGGGUACUGGGAGUCCUGGCCUACCCGGAGCAGCUCCAUCCUGGAGGAGGCCUGCCGGCAGUUCCAGGACACGCUGCAGGAGUGCCACGACCUGGACCGCCAGGCCAGCGACAGCCUGGCCCAGGCCCAGCAGGCGCUCAGCCCUGCGGGCACCACCUCGUCCUUCAUCUUCUGAAUGCGCCCCAUGGCUGUGGCCAGAGACAGCCUGGCACGUGACUGUGGGGUUGGCACUUCGUGGUCUAGCUGCCCAUGUGUCCCCUCCUGCCUCUGCACUUGCCUUCACGUUUCAUCAUGAUGGUCACUGGCCCUGCAAACUGGGCUCUUCCUGAAUCUCUGUGCCUAAGAGCAGCCCCUCCCUCCCUCUCCUACCUCAAGGAAAAUCCACACCCUCCCCCCACAU